AUGCCGCUUUUGGAUUUACGUGUUCGGCCGCGUAUGAGCUUGUAUACCCCUGGUGAUGACCAGGGGUCGUUCAUUGUUGACGCGGACAUCUCCUAUAUCCAUGGAGAACCCCUUGAGGGAUUGGGAGGAGGGCAUGGUUCUCAGAGUCUCGAGGUGGAGAUCCUCGUUGACGAGACGCAAUUGAAGUUGAAAAACACUAUUAAGGUGAAUUCAACGUCGAAUGAGUUGGGUUUCGCUCUGAAAAGUCUUGCUCCACGCUAUCAGCCUUACAGCGUGACCCUCAAAGCUACCCGCUCGAACGGUGAACGUGCAUACACUGCGACUACGGAGAUAUACCGUCUCCCAGAUCGCACCGAUGGAGGUAGCGUUACAAAAGUCGACAGUCUCUAUGGCGGACUACUAGUCCAGAACAAAACCUCCAGCUCUUCCACAUGGAAUCCCCUCUUACCAUACUCAUUCUACGUGAGCUGGGAUGGCUGGCUGGAAAAGUCACUCGACAACGUCCAAAAAUUCAAAGACCAGGGGUACAACAUCAUCCACAUCGUGCCCAAUGCCGGUCUAGCCAACCAAGCCUUCAAUUUCACCGAGCUAAACUUAUUCCUGGAUAAAUGCGAUGAGGUCGGGCUAUGGGUGAUGUACGAUAUGCGGUGGACAUACCAGAAUCUCACCUCCGUGAAAGAACAGGUCAACAUGCUCAAGACACGAAGUAGCAUGCUGCUCUGGUAUACCGGUGACGAACCCGAUGGCCAAGGCGAUCCAUUAAACGCGACGAGAAUCACCUACGAUUUUAUCAAAUCUCUAGACCCAUGGCACCCAGUCUCGCUAUGUUUGAACUGCUACAAUUUCUACUUUGAAGAAUACUCCUCCGGCGCGGAUAUCAUCUUAUCAGACGUAUACCCGAUCGCGGUAAACACGAGCUGGUCCGUCGUCUACGAUACAGCCUGCAACACGACCUACGGCUGCUGUGGCUGCGACGAUUGCGAGGGGACACUAGACGAUAUCUCCGUUCGUCUGGACCUCUUCACCGAGUACCAAUCAUGGAUCGGAUCCGCUCCCAAACCCCUCUGGGGCGUGCCAAUGGCCUUUGGCAACGAGUCCUUCUGGACGAGAUAUCCCACUGCGGACGAGGAAGUCACCAUGACCAUGCUCAGCGUGAAUCAUAAUGCAAAGGGAAUCGUGAUGUGGGAUUACCCGACGACCACGGAACUUGCGCAAGUGACCAGUGAAUUGAGUCGGGUUCUUGCUAGUGAGGAGGUAGCAGGGUUUUUGUUAGGUGCGCCCACGGUUGCGUUGCAGGUGGCUGGGCAUGGGAAGAUGGAUGUUGCGGGGUGGAGGGUUGGAUCGAAGAUGCUUGUUAGUAUUUUGUCGUUGCAAACGUCUACAUGGACGUCGAAGAUUACGAUAGCGUUGCCAGAUGGUGCUCGGGGUGUGAGUAAGGUACUUUGGGGAUCGGGGGAGUGGAGGGUUGUUGGGGGCAAGUUGGUGAAGACGGGGGGACAGGGAUUGGAGACUGAUUUGGUGAUUGUUGAGUUUGAGGGAGGUCAUUAG